UAGUGGGGAGUGGUUAGCGCAUGCGUACUCGUACAGCAACAAGUGGCAUGUCGAUGUGUAACGAAGAGCAGCGCGUUGCUGCUACUGCUGACGUCACCGGUCCAGCCAGGUGGCAUUCCGCGCGCGGGGACAGAGCGCGCGCGCUCGCGCGGAGGACGUGGAGGCACCGUCAGGAAAAAAAGGAAGCCAAAAAAAGAGAAAAACAAAGAGUCAAUCUCAACGCUGUGAACGCGAGGCAGUAAAAUGUAAGGCGGAGCAGUGCAGCCGAAGUCCCGCACCGCCACCGCCGUGGUCCCGGAGCUCGAGGGGGGAGAGAGAGAGAGAGAGAGAGAGAGAGAGAGAGAAAGAGUGAGACGAGAACAGCGAGUGCAGAAAACACAGUGAGGCUUUCCCCCGUUUGCUCGCGCUGAGCGGCUUAGGCGGAGCGGCGCGUGCAGCAUGUCUUCCGCGCAGGUCGCCUCGUCGCGGCGGCAGUCGUGCUACCUGUGCGACCUGCCCCGCAUGCCGUGGGCCAUGAUCUGGGACUUCACGGAGCCCGUGUGCCGCGGCUGUGUGAACUACGAGGGCGCGGACCGCAUCGAGUUUGUGAUCGAGACAGCGCGGCACCUUAAACGCGCGCACGGCUUCCAGGACGGUCGCUCUCCGGGCCCAGGAGGCGCGGGGGUGCCGCUGCCUGUGCCGCCGCCUCCGCCGUCUUCGUCGUCGCUACCUCCGCCGCCCGUGAAGACGCACGUGAAGGAGACGGUGCAGCUGAACCACGUGGACGGCUCGAGUAAGCAACAACAGCAGCAGCAGGCGGCUCAACAGCAAGCGGGGCUCGAGCGCUACUCCUCCCGCUUCGACUACACGGGCAUGAGCGCGCACGCGGCGCGCCUCCCCAACGGUCUGAACGGCUUCCCUAAGGCGGACGACGGGCCUCCGGAGCUGAACCGCCAGAGCCCAAACUCGCGGCGCGGCGGACACGGGCUAGUUUCGCUUCCCGCGCAGAUGAGCGUGCCUCCCAACCUCCUGCCCCAGACCAUGCUGAACGGACCCGCUUCAGGGGCUGCUUGCGCGGGCCUCACACCGCACGGCCUGGUCGCGCGCGCACCUCCAUCUUCAUCAACAUCACAAUCAUCGUCGUCGUCCGGCAUGGGCCUCGCGGAACCGGGAAAACGACCCGCGUCCGUCUCGAGUACGGAUCAGGAGCGCGAGGCGCGCGAGCGUCAGCGCAACGCCGAGGCGCUGGCAGAGCUCGGGGAGAGCCUGCGCAACCGCGCCGAGGAGUGGGCGGGCAAGCCGAAGCUCGUGCGCGACACUCUGCUUACGCUGUCCGGCUGCGCGCCCUUCGACGUGCGUUUCAAGAAGGACCACGCGCUCGCGGGCCGCGUGUUCGCCUUCGACGCCGUGGCCAAGCCGGGCGCUGAUUACGAGCUGAAGAUCUUCGUGGAGUACCCGAGCGGCUCGGGAACCGUCUUCUCGAGCGCGUCAGGUGUCGCCAAACAGAUGUACCACGACUGCAUGAAGGACUACGGUCGCGGUCUCUCGUCAGGCUUCAAGUACCUCGAGUACGAGAAGAAGCACGGCAGCGGCGACUGGCGCCUGCUCGGCGACUUGCUGCCCGAGCCCGUGCGCUUCUUCAAGGAGAUGCUGGGGCCUGACAUGCUGCCGCAGGCGCACGUGGACGCGGGCUGCCCGUUGCUCCCUUCCUCAGCACUCGCCGGCGUGCUGCCACGCACCCUGCCGGCGUCCUCCGCGUCCGCCGCGAGCGCGCUACGAGCGGGCGCGCGCAAACGCAAAGCCUCACCAGAACCGGACUCACUCGACGAGCGCCAACAGCAGCAGCAAUGGAUGGCUAGCCAGAGUGCGGCAGCGGUGGGCUCGUUCGGGGCCUGCCACGGGGGGCCGCCGCCGUUGGGCCCCGUGCACGCGAGCCGUGCCACGCCUCCAGAACCCGCACAGAAUGGACAGUCGCCCAUGGCUGCACUUAUGUCGGUGGCGGACGCGCUAGGAGGUGCAGGCGGCGCACACUCGCCCAAGGACGCAAACUCGGUACACUCCACCACGUCCGCGCGCCACAGCAGCACCGGCAGCGGUGGCGGCAGCAGCCCCGUGUCUCCGGCCUCGGUCUCAGGCCAGCGCCGCUUAGCCUCGCGCAACGGCGACGCGCAGCAGCAAGCUCACGCGGAGCACGCUGGUGCGCAUGGGACCCACGGCGUGCCGGACUCGCCCAUGGCUGGCAGCGGGCCGCUGUGCUGCACCAUUUGCCACGAGCGCCUGGAAGACACACACUUCGUGCAGUGCCCUUCGGUGCCCGGCCACAAGUUCUGCUUCCCGUGCUCACGCGAGAGCAUCAAGGCCCAAGGCGCCACAGGCGAGGUGUACUGCCCCAGUGGAGAGAAAUGCCCCCUUGUUGGGUCCAACGUGCCUUGGGCUUUCAUGCAAGGGGAGAUAGCGACCAUUCUUGCUGGGGACGUGAAGGUGAAAAAGGAGAGGGACCCUUGAAAGUGACGCGGCCACGUGCACCGACUCAAAUAAAUAUAUAUAUAAAUAAAAAAAAUAUAUAUAUAUAUAACCAUGUUGUGAAUAAUGUGUACAGAACACCCCCUCCUCCUCCGUGUGUUUCUGUGUUUGGGGGCUCGUGGAGCUCAUGUCUCAUGGGAAUGACGAGGCUGUUGGCCCAAGACGGUGGGAAAGCACUUUGAGCUCACAGUGUGUUGUUUUUCUUUUUGUUGUUGCAGUUCAUGCACUUUGUUUCAAGUGAUUUUCACAUCCAAAAAAACACACAACCCCCCCAAACCAACCCACUUUGUUACUGGACAUGUUUUGUCAUUUCUUACGGUAAGAUGACAGUCAUUCGGUUUUCCACGACGAUCAGUGGGGCAUUUCUCUUCUCUUUUUAAUUUUUUUUUCUCGUUUUGCUCUCUUCACAUAACGAUGUCUCACUUUUUUAUAUCUCGUGCUCUGAAGGUAUGACUAUAGUUUAUUAUGUGUUUUUCGUUCUCUUCCCUUUUAUUUUUGCUUUAAAGAUGCACGGAUGCUUAAGAGUAGAGCAAAAAUAUUGUACAUUAACUGCUCUGUUUGUUUAUACGGUUCUGUAGUAACAGAAGACUUGUAACGUGCCUUGGAGCUGAGUCAAUUGUAAUAAAUUCAUUGGUAUGAA